UGUUCGUUUUCGUAUCGAAUUUUUCCCGACUAUCAGAAAAAUGAGUUACCCGCCUCCGAAAAAAGAUUAUGACUCUGUUCCAAACUACUAUUACUAUCCACCACCUCAAGUAGCAACAACUACACCAACUUAUGCCGCACCACCAAUUCCCGGAGUAAGUUCAACGCCAUCUUCAAAAGCCGAGUCAGCUGCAUCGCCUCCACCAUUACCGCCUGGUUCGGAAAAUCUUUACAAUUAUGUGUGUACUUUACCACCACCUCCUCCUCCGCCACCACCGGGUAAUGAAAAUGUAUCAGUUAAACAACAAGCAUAUAAACACCCGGCGUAUUUAACAGAUUCAGCUGCAGUUGCACAUUCAGGCGAUACUAACAAAUUAGAGAAAAGUUCAGCAUACUCUUCAAAAUACGCAGGAGGUUAUUCCAGCUCAAGUUCAUAUAAACCUAGUGGAAGUGAACCUAAAAUGCACGUUGAUUAUCACAGACCAUCGUCUAAUUAUUCGUAUCCCCCUCCAGCUGCGUCCACAUCUAGGUAUGCCACCACAAACGCAUCAUAUGACUAUCAGUCUGGUUAUCAGUACGAGUACGACAGUAAUUAUUAUUCACAAAACCAUCAUGGCUCCUCUCACAGCCAUCGUUAUCCUCCUUCAACACGUCCCAGGGAUGGUGAAUACUAUGCCAGACCUUCAUCAUCUUAUGCUUCUUACAGCAAAUCAGAUCAAUACUAUGACAACAAAACAAGCACUUCUUCAUCUCAUUCCGAUUCUGGCAGAUCCGACAAAAACUAUGUCGGCAAACGACAUCGUCAGCGUGAUGAACGGCCCGCUAAGUCGGAGUCUGAACGAGACCGUUUGCUACGAAACUGGCGUUCGAAUUACUGUGAAACGUCCGAAGAAAUUCAACGUAAAAUGGACGAACUGGCCGAAAUGGAUGAUGAAAGUCGAGAGGUAUGGGUACGUUCAUCACCGGCCGAUCCUUACUACAAACGAACGAACAAUGUACACGAAGUUGAGGCCACCUUACGACUAGAAAUGUUGUGUGAACUAUUUGAGGAGAAAUUAAUCAAAAGAUCUGAAGCUAUAAGAGAGUCAUUACCAACAUACAAACCACCACCCAGACAAACACGCAGACGCGUGUGCAAACAUAAAUCAGAAGGAUGCACAUCCUCUGAUAGUGAUUCAUCUGAUAAUGAAGAAUUUAAAAUGGAACAGGACAACUGUAUGGAGGAAUUAUCACGCAAACUACAACAUCCCUGUCGCGUACAUGCCGACUUGUGGCAUAAUGAAAAUGGCGAGAUGAAUGAUGGCCCUCUAUGUCGUUGUUCAGUUAAGUCCCGGCGUGUGGGUAUUCGUCAUGGCAUCUACCCGGGAGAAGAUGGCUAUCCCAAAUGCGAUGUAAACUCGAACAAUGCACAUAAAUUGCAUCAUUAUCGUAUUACCAUUUCACCGCCUACCAAUUUUCUCACCAAAACUCCCACUAUUAUUAAGCAUGAUGAGCAUGAAUUUCUUUUUGAAGGUUUCUCAUUGCUGUCACACUUUCCUUUAAUGGAUUUGCCAACAUGCAAGGUAAUACGUUUCAAUAUCGAGUAUACCAUAUUGUAUGUACCCGAGAAGAUGCCGGAAAACUUUACGGUUCGAGAGCUGGACUUAUUUUCUAAAUAUCUUUUCCAUGAGCUAUUAGAACUGGUCGAUUUUUCGCUGUUGCCUAAUAUCGAUGGCACUAUAGCAGCUAAUAGUUGUCCUGCUUUUCAUUUUCUGCCACGCUUUGUACGUGAUCUACCCGAUAAUGGCAAAGAGGUACUGGCCAUGUGUGAAGUCCUCAAAUAUCUACUGGACAAUGCAGGACCUUUGGUGGAUAUUCCUAGAUUGCACAAUUUAAAUCAUAUACCGCAAACGGAAUGGCAAGAUUAUGUGGACAAUUUCAAGGGUAUGUUGGCCACAAAGCCAGGCUAUAAACCUUCAUCGGUAAGAGUUGAUCAAUUGGAUCGUAAUGUUAGCGAUUUGCCUGAAUGUUAUGAUGCCGAAAGUGAUGUAAGUUACCCGGCCAUAGUUCAUUUCGGUAUACGACCUCCGCAGCUAAGUUAUGCUGGCAAUCCGGAGUACCAGAAAGCCUGGCGGGAAUAUGUUAAAUUUCGCCAUCUAAUGGCCAACAUGUCGAAGCCUUCUUUUAAAGACAAACGUAAAUUGGAGGAAAAAGAGGCACGUCUGCAGGAAAUGCGCACACAGGGUAGAAUGAAACGUAAUGUAACGGUAGCGGUCAGUUCAAAGGGUUAUCAUCGUACUGGUGUAAUGUGUGAUAUAGUGCAGCAUGCCAUGUUAGUGCCCGUGUUAACGGGUCAUUUAAGAUUUCACAGAUCUCUAGAUUUAAUGGAAAAUAAUAUUGGCUAUAAAUUUAAAAAUCGAUAUCUACUGCAGUUGGCUUUAACACAUCCAUCUUACAAGGAAAAUUAUGGCACCAAUCCCGAUCAUGCCCGCAAUUCCCUAACAAAUUGUGGCAUACGUCAGCCUGAGUAUGGUGAUCGUAAAAUUCAUUACAUGAAUACCCGCAAGAGAGGCAUAAAUACUCUGAUCAACAUUAUGUCACGUUUCGGCAAGGAAUAUGAAACAAUGUCGAAUAUUACACACAAUGAACGUUUGGAAUUUCUGGGCGAUGCUGUAGUAGAAUUUCUAAGCUCUAUACAUUUGUUCUUUAUGUUUCCAGAGUUGGAGGAAGGUGGUUUAGCCACUUAUAGGGCGGCCAUAGUGCAAAAUCAACAUUUGGCCCUAUUGGCCAAGAAAUUGCAUUUGGAAGAGUACAUGCUCUAUGCUCAUGGUUCAGAUCUGUGUCACGAACUGGAAUUGCGUCAUGCCAUGGCCAAUUGCUUUGAAGCCUUAAUGGGUGCUUUGCUGUUGGAUGGUGGCAUCUCAGUGGCCGAUGAAGUAUUCAUGGAUGCUUUAUUUAUGGAAAACGAGCUGCUGCGAGAGAUCUGGAAGAAUCUACCGGAACAUCCUUUGCAAGAACAAGAGCCUCUGGGUGAUAGAGACUGCAUAAGUUCGUAUCCUAUGCUUCAGGAGCUAACCAAGUUCGAGGACUCUAUAGGCAUAGAAUUCAAGCAUAUACGUUUAUUAGCAAGAGCCUUCACUGAUCGUUCUAUAGGUUUCACCCAUCUUACGUUGGGCUCUAAUCAACGUUUGGAGUUUCUGGGCGAUACAGUUUUGCAGCUGAUUUGUUCGGAAUAUUUGUAUCGUCAUUUUCCCGAGCAUCACGAAGGUCAUUUGUCUUUGCUGCGUUCCUCUUUGGUUAACAAUCGUACGCAGGCCGUUGUUUGUGAUGACUUGGGCAUGACCAAGUAUGCUGUUUACUCUAAUCCCAAAGCCGAGCUAAAGACCAAAGAUAGAGCAGAUUUAUUGGAAGCUUUCUUGGGCUCCUUGUAUGUCGACAAGGGUUUGUUGUACUGCGAGCAAUUCUGUCAUGUGUGUUUGUUUCCUCGUUUACAAUUGUUUAUCAUGAAUCAAGAUUGGAACGAUCCCAAGUCAAAAUUGCAGCAAUGUUGUCUCACUUUGCGCACUAUGGAUGGUGGAGAGCCGGAUAUUCCCCUGUAUAAAGUUAUUGAAUCUUCAGGACCCACCAAUACUCGUGUCUACACGGUUGCUGUGUACUUUCGAAACAAACGUUUAGCCACUGCUACCGGCUCUUCCAUACAGCAGGCUGAAAUGAAUGCCGCCAAACAGGCUUUGGAGAAUUCUCGUGACCUAUUUCCCCAACUGGAUCAUCAGAAACGUGUCAUAGCGAAGAGCAUUAAGAAACAGACAGGACGCGAAUUAAAUACGGAAGAGAGCACACAAAAGGAUGAGAGGAAACCAAAGUUUGCAGCACCCAUGGAGGAUGAAUCUCAUUUGCCCAAACAAUACCGUGAACGUGAAGAUAUAUCAAGUGAUGAGUUGCCAGAAGAUGAUGGCGAUGAUGAGGGAGAUGAAGUGGAAAAUGAUGAUGUUGUAAAGAAUAUGGAGAGACGGGAUAAAAGGAAAAUGAGUGCAUAUUCCAGUGACAAAUUUUCAGACACGGAAAGUUUGAACUCAGUAGCUAGUGUUGAUACUCCCAAAAAGAAAUCCUCCAGACGUUAUUCAGAUCAUGUAUCUCCCAAACGUGUGCGUUUACAACAUUCCUCGCCAGAAGUAAUACACAAAUCGAUAGCAAUUAUUCCACCCAUAACUUGUGAAGAUGUAAGCAGUGACGAUGAAGAUUUCCAAAGACCCAGUGAACCUUCGAAACAAACAGCCAUAACUGAAGAUAAAACCAACAAGCAGAAUUUAAUUUUAAACGAUUUGAAAGACUUGGUUGAAGAUAUAUCAUCUUCUUCGGAUUUGGAGCCCGGUGAAAUAUCCAAUUAGUUUUUAAGCUAGUUAUACACUAAAACUAACAUUUAUAAAAUAAUAAAAUACACAUAGAACCAAUUUGGAUCUUAAAGAAAAUCAUUUUUAGAUACUUGUAUGAAAUGUUUCGUUUGAAUGUUUCAGUUGUGCUUAAUUAAAAGAUAUUAUCCAUUUAUUAAUGUCAAAUUAAUUGUUCUUGUUUAUUGAAAAAACUCUUGUAACAAUUUUCAAUUUCGUAAAAAAAAACAAUUCAAUAACUUGUUCUAAUCUAUUGAUGGCUUAUACAAAAACUUAUUGGCCAUUAAAGUAACAGAUAGAAUACUAAAAUAGAAUAUAAAGUUAUAUAGAAAACAAACAAGCAAAUAAUUUCUUAAUUGCCAAAUUAAUAAACUAAAUUAUACAAUAA